UAAAAAAUUAAGAAGAAUGGCGCCAAUCGAUUGUCAUUUCAACAAGUGUUGCUCGAUGAAUUGCUCAACAACCUCUGAAGAACUUACCUUUUCUGCAUUCAUCCCAAUGUAAUAUAAAAAAGGGUGAAACCCUCGAUGAUUUCAGUCCACACUCUACUUAUUUGACUCACUUUUUCUUUCAGGUGUUUUUCUUGAACCAGCAGCCGCCGCCAUGGCAGAUCCUUCCAUCAUCAAAACCGAUUCUCCAACGACUCCAACCCCAGUUCCUGCUGUUUUUGAUGAUCAUCAUCAUCAUGAUCAUCAUGUUAAUCAUCAUCAUGAUCAUCAUGUUAGUCAUCAUCAUGAUGUUCAUGUUAAUAAUGAUGAUGAUGAGAUUAACAUAUACUUGAAGGUCAAAAGCACAGUGUCCUUCAAAGUAAAGAAAACAGACACAUUCAAGAAGCUCAAACAGGUAUGUGCCAGGGAAGGAGUUUCAGAAAAUCUCCUUGAUCUUUUCUUCGCUGGUGAAUAUUUAAGCGAUGAUCAAACUUUCGGAGAAUAUGGAAUUCCGGAUUCUUCCACCCUCAGUCUUGUUCUAGACACCAUGUCAGAACUUGCUAAAAGAUUAUACAUUAAGAUACCUUCACAUCCACUGCUAAAUAUGGUAAUUAUUGCAAAUGUUUGCGACACUAUUCACCACAUUAAAUCCAUGAUUGUGUCUAGGAUGCAAGUAACUCCAGAUGAUUAUGAUCUGAUGCAUGAUGGACAGUUUCUUGGAACUCAUGAAACUCUCGAAUCCCUUAAAAUCGAGAGUAAUUCCAUCUUGUACUUGAUCUGCCAUCCGCGAGAAGUUAUAUGGGUUGCCAUUUUCACCCCUACAUGUGGGGUGAUUCCUAUCCAAGUUAAAAAACUUCAAACUGUGGGUGAUGCUAAGACUUUAAUUGGGAGUAUGAUGAGUUUAGAAGUUGAGCACGCGAAGUUGCUGUUUAAUGGAAAAGUUCUAGAAGAUUCAAGAUCAUUUGCUUCAUAUAAUAUGAAUGGGAAUACUAUUUUGGAAUUGGUGUAUCCAUUUCAGGUGUUUGUGAAGACUUGGGAUGGUAAGAUUAUUACCCUUGUAGUUCUUCCUUCAGACGAUGUUAAUAAUGUCAAUCAGAAGGUCUGUCAGAAGCUGAAUAUGCCGAUUUGUGAUCAUGCUUUCUCUUUUAAUGGUAAGCGACUUGAAACUGGUCAUGUUAUUGCAAGCUAUGGCAUUCAGAAGGACUCUACCCUGAAAAUGGUUCGUCCUAGGGCUUAAAUUCGUCUUUUUAGUAGCGGACUUUGUGUUGUUGUAGUUGUUAUUGUGCUCAGUUAACUGCUUUACAGAAAUUGGCAGUUUAUACAUGUAUGAUGCCAGAGUCUACAGAUUAUUCUGGCGUAAACUGUCUGUGAGUCUGUCUAUUAUUUUCUGAUUGUUGUGUAAGUCCGUGUAUGUUAUACUAGUCUUAUGUUAUACCAAACCAAUGAACUUUCU